UAGUGUUGUUAAGUGGUUUGAUUGGGUAUUUCUUGUCGUUGUGGACGUCGUCUGUAAGUUUCUACUCAAAAUAUUUUUAUUUUGAGAUUCUUUCUGUAUCAAUAAUAAACCCCCAUAAGGAACAACCAUGGCAGACCAAGGUUUUCCGGGUCAGCAUACUACAACAACAACCAUGACUGCAACGAGUACAACUGUGCAGACAGACAUCCGUUAUGAUCCUCUGUACCUUCGAACAUUGCCGGGGAUGCUGAAAGUUGCCCAAGUUGCCCUAAAUUUCCUUGGGUUCAUGACAAUUGCGAUAUCAGGCACUGCAGUCUACUCUCAAGCCAGCUUCUUUGACUCGAUCGCAGGUUUUGCGUUCUGGUUCAGUGGGAUAUUACUGGCCUUCUAUCUGUUUCACAUAGUUGAAAAGUUCUUCAACAUUCCAUGGCUCAAAAUAGAGCUUGGGUUCUGUGCUUUAUGGACAGUGUUCUACCUGAUUGCCUCUACCAUGGUCGCCGGCCUCAUGAGCGUUUCUGCAGCAUUGGGAGUCGCAGCGUUUUUCGGAUUCUGCGCCAUGGUGUGCUACGGCUAUGAUGCAUGGUUGAAGUACCAAGGAGUGGUAAGUGGGGACUUGGCACAAGGCGAGCGUCACGUCCAGAAGACAACCAGCACUGUCACCUCACCUGCGUACUAGAGUGACUAACCUCACAACUGAAAAGUACCCAGCAUCAUAACACAUUUCCUACUCAUCAUUGUCCAACAACAUAAGAAUAAGGAAUCUAGACCAAUACUGGUCGAAAAACGGGCGUAUGGUUGAGUUUGUGUGGUUGCACUAAUCCGCUGAUUUAGUUGUAAUGUUUGUUUAACAUAACUACAGUAUAUUUCCAAUUAAUUAUGUAUAGAAGUGGGGAUUACCAUUUCCUAAGUUGUUUGAUAAUUUGUAAAAUAAAAUGACUGUAUGGCCUUUAUGAUUUCUUAUCUACUUAAUGGUUAUGUCACUUUUUUUUGUAUUUGCUAUUUCCUGACAAUAUAGGUAAGUUAACAGGAAAUUAUUUACCCCCAACAUGGGACGUUUUCUAAGUAUAACAGUUAAGUUGGUAUUAAGUUGGCAGAACUUAAGAAGUUUUGCUGGAGUUUAGUGUAAAUGUUUCAGGAAAAGUAGUCAGACAUUCUUUGAAUGACUAGUCAUACUUUGUCGGUAACAUUAAAACUAGUUACAAGAUUAUUAAGUUUGCUGUUAGUUUGUUAAAAAUGCUUUCAAAGCCCGGCUGUUUUAAAAACACAACAUACAAUUAAUUGUCAUAGUAAAUUCUGGAUCAAAUCGAAGGGUGGAAGAGGGGUGUAGUUGUUCUAAAUGGAUCCCUUUAAUGAAUCUUAUACAGUGCCACAAAGUUAUGUCAAAGUAAAACGUAAUAGUUUCUAAUAAAUAAUCACAAACUUUAAUCGCCUAAAUGCAUUUAUGUUGCUUAAAAGAUUCUCAGUUCGUAAGCUUUUGCCAUUCAGUUCUUAUUUGGUAAUAUGUUUUGUUUUUCUCGCUUACCAUCACAGCAUUUCUUCUAGGUUAACAUUGUUACAAGUUUUGUUGUUUAUUUUUGUUGUUAUGCUACUAAUAUGUUAUGAGUGUUAUGCAAUUAGUUAAAUUACAAUAACGGAUCAAAUCUGAUAUUUACGGUUUUUUAUAUUUAACCAAAACAAAAGACAUUACAUGAUUGAUUUUGAAACAAAUGUUUUUAUUUAGCCAAUAGAGUUCUUGCACUUUUUGCUGCACUGGAUCAGUGAACAUAGUGUACAAUUUGAUUAUAGUUCGGCCGCUUAGAAAACGACCUGCGCGCUAAUGCUAAACCAAUGCUGGAGGAGGUCGCUUUCUAAGCGGCCGAACUAUAGUAAGUUUUCUGUGUGAAUCAUCACUGACUUUAGAUACUAAAACCUACCUUAAAACUCUCUUUAGGUGAUCCUCCAUGUUCUUAUACUGUAAGUUGUUAUCAGUAUUAUAUUUCACUCUGAGAACAAAACAAUAAUUCAACGAUAACAAAAUAUUAAUAAACACAGAUAAAAUAUGAACAUACCAUAACUUUGAGAAGAGCAUAAUUUAUCUUAUUUAAAUGUUUUGCAAACUAUUUGAGCUUAAUUGUUGGUUGGAUGAAAAACCUUCCUACUUAUUUUUAUAAACUGUUAGGCUGCUCUAGACCGAUCCCUCACCACUAGAUAAAAUUUAUGUCUGUAUUUUUUUCUUCUAUAUCUAUUUCAUAAAAAUUUAAUACUUUUUUGUUCAUUUAUUUGGCAGUUGCAAAAUAAACCAAAUUUUUCUAAUGAAAGAAUUUUAAUUUGACCAAUUCAACCGAUGUUGUGAACUCUUUUGUAGACAUUAAAUAAUGUUUGUUCUGACUAAUCAGUAUUGUUAUUUAGUUUAAAGUUCAAUCUUAGCGAGCGAUUCAAGUGCAAGAACAUUAUUUCGUAUUACUACCUUUUUAACGCUUAUUUAUAACUAGAUCUUAAGUUGUAUUGAAUAUUCUGUAUAUUUUUCUUGUAUUAUAUCUGUUGUAAUUAUAUUUUUCUGAGCUUUAUUAAUACUGUCGACCGAAAAACCUUCGUUUACAAAGGUUUUUUUGUUUGAUUACUAAUUGAUAUUUGUUAUUACACGCUUUGAUUUUCAUGAUGGCUGUCAUAUGUUUCAGAACCAAAGAUAUUGUUGUUUAUCAUUCUAUGUAUGUCGGAAGGUUCAAUUUUCAGUUUUAAAUUGUUAUACUUGGUCAAUCUUAAUCUUACCUUCUUUAUUCUUCUUCAACCUCACUAAACUUGCAUUGAGUUCAUUGUACAUAAUUUUGUUGAACUUCAACAAUCUAGACCCAAAUAUUUUUUUAAAUCCAUUUGUUUGGUUACUUUGACAUAGUUAUAGCAAAUUUCUGUAUAGGGAAGAAGCUAUUACUGUAGGUGGCACAGAAAGACCUAGACCCAGGACCGAUAUACUUUUUUAUUUUGAUGUUCCCAGAGGCUAAAAACUCCAUAUGUUUAAAUUUUAUAUAUAUAUAUAUGAGUUCAAAAAUACUGAAUAUAUAAUUUACAAUUUGAGAAUGUUUUCUUGAGUACUAAACAAACAAAAUAAUUUCUCCGUUACUUCCAUUAGGUAGUUGUAAUUGGUUAGGCCUACAUAAGAAAUUAAUAAUCAGAACAUACUAAUUUUGUGUUUAAAAGGUGUUCAAACUGGGAUAAGUUGAAAUAAACUAUCAAAAACUAUGAAAUUGGUUACUAGAGAAGAUUACAAGAGGUAAGAAAUAUCUUAUUCUCCCGUCAAUAUGUGUACAGUAUUUUGUUUCUUAGUAAGUAUAUUUAGUACCUACUACUAAAGUGUACUAAAUAAAUAUAUAUCUACAUGUGUUUAUAUUUGGAGAAAUUUAUAUCAAGUAGUUGGUUGGUUUAAAUAUAAAUCAAAUAUAUACUGUUUGAAAGUAGUAUUUUGUAAUUAUAUCUCAUUAUAAAUUUUUUCUUAUAGUUUAUAACAUGUUAUGAUUGUAAAGACAUAUUGGUAUAGUCAAUUAUCACUCUGGAAUUAACAAUUAAUUAUGAUUACUUAGUCAGGAUAAAACAUGAGUUUUUUAUGUUAAGCGAAUAGUUAACACAUCCAUCAGAUGCAGAACAUGUUUACACAUUGUCUUAAACAAAAUGUAUGUAUAACAUGCUUACCAACUAAUGAUUUUAUUUGCUAAUAGUUUGUUUAUUUUAAAUAAUAAAUAAUUGAUUAUAUACAUUACUUAGGUAGAACAACUCAUUAGUGAAUUAGAAAGCUUAAUGGACUGGGUCAUGUUUGCAAACUAAAGUAGACUACAGGAAAAUGGACCAAUGACAUUUCUGCCCGUUUGUCAUAGCUAAGGUAUUUUUUGUCACAAAAUUUAGCAACAUCUCUAAUUAAUUGUUCUAUGUAAAAAAGGUCCAAUUGAAACAAUAACACAAUGAUAAGAAUGUUUAGUUUGAUUGGUUCGAAUCAGCUGGUUCCAAUAAUUAAUUUUUACGCUAAUAUCAUGACUAUGACAGUUUAAAUGACACUUUUUCCGUCCUUAUAUUUCCCUAUUCAAUGAGUUCUAUACUAAGCAGUAGUGUACAUAUUCAAUGUUGAUAUUAUCUACUUAUUCGUACUUAUAUCUACUUAUUUGUAUUAUUAGGUUGAUUUGUUCUAUUUUGUAUUGUUUAAUUUUGUUCAUUUCUUUAUCUUUUACAAAUAUAAUUUUCUUUUAACAUC